AUGAGCGAACAAAUAAAUUCACACGAACGGCUUACGAAUGUAGAGGAACGCUUGACCCGUCUGGAAAGUCUGCUUGUCAGUAUCAACGAAAAGUUGGAACAGCGUUCCAAUGUCGGUGAAGUUGAUACCGAGAAGGCUGAAGAGUUCAGGCAGUGGGUGACGAAUUACGUCUCGAUGCGUCUGCAGCAACUCGUGCCAGAAACGUGCGACCACCCUAAUGAAGCCGCACUUCAGGACGGUCCCUUCCUUGAUAACACGACAGUGCCUUGUACGGAGGAAGUCGAGCACCGGGUCAAGCGGAUACCAAUUCCAUUUGUCCGCGAGAUGGUUGUCCAGCGUGUCGCUGAAAAUGCACGGCAAGCCGGCGUUGAACGUGUGGAUAUUGACUUUUUCGAGGAAGCGGCGACAUUUUGA